GCCACACACGCCAAGAGAGCAAAGCGGUCAUCAGAGCAAAGGGAGUCUGUUUGGAAGAAUCUGAAAUACUACGUGAUCCCAUGUAUAUUCUUCAUAGUUUUGUUGACCUUUGGUGAGAAUCUACAAUGUAAAUAGUCAUGAAAAUAAAGAGAAAAGAAACACAGAAAGAUUUUAUACAAAAUCUGAAAAAUAUAGGAAUAUAUUAUAGGAUUUUUUUAUAUGAUAUAAAGUAAUCCCAUCUAACAUAGUUUAGGCUACAUACUCCGAUACAGCAGGUGGCGGUACGCACCUUAGUCAUGGAUGCAAUCUAUCAAAACAACAAGAAGAAGAAGAAGGAAAAAAGAUCACGUGUUUCCGACGUGUUGCCGCCACUGAGUGGAACCCCUAUGUUUAUGUUGCUAAUAAAGUUAGGUAAAAAAAAAAAAUAGGACAGUAACCGGAAGUAAUCCACAGCUUCCUGUCUGUUACUGUAGAGUCAAAACAGGGCAAUCCAUGCUAGUGGUUCUGAGCAACCAGAACCGAAUCCGACCUAGGAAACGUCGAGACGGCGUUUCUUGUGCCGCACUGCUUGAUGGGUAAAAUGCUAACGACUGAUCGGCGGUGAUUGGUGGAGACAGAGAGACACACACUGGCAGGGUAGCAGAGACAACUGGUCCAGGUAAGCUGCUGCAGCUAGAAUUCGGCCCAGUUCUUAAGGCAGAACUGUAGUCCACUUGAGUCCUUUAGAACCUGAAGAUCCACGUCCAGUGACGAAGGAAGGAGAACACCUGAACACUCAGACAUGUCUGACAGCUUGUCGGCUCAGAGGGACAGGAUCCAGAGACAGGUGGAGGAGCUGGAACGCAGUCUGGAUGUGACUCAGAAUGAGCUGGACCUGCUGAGCAGUGAGACAGAUGAUGGAUCAGAAAAUGAGGACGAGCAGGACGAGGUUGGACAGAGUCCAGCAGACCUGUUGGCUCAGAGAGAGAAGAUCCAGACAGAGAUUCAGAACCUGCAGGACAUGUUGGGUUCCCACAGUCCAAUCAGUGUGUCCAGUAAUGACAGCAGCAACUCCAGUGACGAGAGUGACGUUGGCCUGUCUCCGUCUGUGGACUCUUGUCUUCAGCUCAACCUCGUCUACCAGCAGGUUGUUCAAGAGACGCUGGACCACCUGGAGAUACUCUUGACUCAUAACCAGGAACAGCAGGGGGAGCUAAAGGCUCAGAUUUCUGGACCAGUCAAAGAGUCCGCCAGAGACUGUCCCACCUCGACCAAUCAGCAUCCAUCCAAGAUGUUCCUGGGCAGCUUCCUGAAGCCGUACUUCAAGGACAGACUGACAGGACUGGGUCCUCCAGCCAAUCAGGAGGCUAAGCUGAAGGCUCUGAAGGUCACAGGAUGCCUAGAUGACAAGAAGCUCCGAGUGAGAAGAUGGGAGAGCUGGCACAAGACUCUACUGAUCCACUCGGUGACCAGAGACCGCCUGAAGAGACUGAUGCAGCCCAAACUGUCCAGGCUGGACUUCUUGACCAAGAAGCUGUUCUCAGCUCAGGAAGCAGACAGACAGCAGCUCACGGAGCAGAUAGACAGCUUGGAGAAAGAGAUCCAGCUGCUGAGGAAGAAGAGCGAGGAGGAGCUUAUUGGUGAGAGAUAUGAAGAACAUGAUUGGCAGAAGAUCUCAAACAUCGAUUUUGAAGGGACAAAGGAUGCAGAAGACAUACGCUUGUUCUGGCAGAACUUCCUUCAUCCAUCCAUCAACAAGACUCCCUGGAGUAACGAGGAGGUGCAGCAGCUAAAUGAAAUCUGCAGAAGAAACGAGGAGAGACGCUGGGAAAGAAUCGCAGAGGAGUUGGAGACGGGGAGGACGGCCUUCAUGUGUCUCCAGAUGUUCCAGCGUUAUGUCUCCAACUCUCUGAAACGCAGCAGCUGGACUCCAGAAGAAGAUGAUCAGCUCAGAGAACUUGUCCAGAAGAUGAGGAUCGGAAACUUCAUCCCUUACACGCAGAUAAGUUACUUCAUUGAAGGUCGUGAGCCGACUCAGCUCAUCUACAGGUGGAACCAGGUUCUGGACCCGAGCCUGAAGAGAGGCCCGUGGACCAAAGAAGAGGACCGGCUCCUGCUGCAGGCCGUGUCUUGUCAUGGGGAGAAGUGUUGGUGGAAGGUCCGGUUGGAAGUUCCUGGACGCACGGACUCGGCCUGCAGAGACCGGUAUCUGGACUGUCUGAAGAAGAGCAUAAAGAAAGGACCAUUUGAGAGACAUGAGGUGGAGCUGCUGAAGGAGCUGGUGGAGAAACAUGGAGUUGGUCGCUGGGCGAAGAUCGCCGCAGAGAUCCCUCAUCGCUUGGAUGCUCAGUGUAUGAGACAGUGGAGGAAACUGACCCGAUGUUCUGCUCAGGACAGGAAAAGGAGAACCAAGAAGACCCGCAAGUCGCCAGCAGCAGUAGGAGGAGAAAGGAAGAGGACAGCAGCUGCCAAAGCCAAAAUCCGGAGAAGAAUCUUGAACAUCAAAAAGGAAGAAGAGGAGCAGAUGACUGAGGAGGAGGAGGAGCAGCAGGAGGAAGAGGUGGUGCAGUACAUGGACACUGAUGAAGACUCUGAGAAGAACGUGGACAAGAGCAUGGAGGAGGAGCAGGAGGAGUACACCAUCCCCCCAAUGGAGGAGUGGAUUCCAGUUGAGAAGACACAAACCUCCACCUCCCUGAACUUUAAGCCAGUGGAGCUCCCUUCUUCCUGCGAUGGUCCAGACGGGAAGUUGGUCCGCUCCACCGUGCUGGAAAGGUCCGGACCUUCCGUCAUCACCGGACCUCCUCCCAGAGAGCUGUCCUGGGAGGAGCGCCACAGCUCUUCUGCCAUGUUGAUGGCGUCAUACGAGGAGCUGCAUCUCCACCUGAGCUCCAUGAAGAAGAAGUUCAGCACCCCCCGACAGAAGGGGAGGCCGCCGCCCUCCCACAGCCGGGAGCUGGAGUACGAGCUGCAGGCCGCCGUCAUGCCGUGGAUCGGGAACCUGCUGAUCCCCAAAACCCGGAGAAAGACUGCUGCAGAUGAGCUGAGGGAGCGAGGGGAGAAGAGCGGGGUCUCCACCUCCUCCAUCUUCCUGCCGCUCCUCCAGGCCAUGAACGUGGACACGCUGGGCUGCAGGGAAAUGAUUGAGCAGAGGAAGAACAAGGUGGACCUGCUGGCCCCGCCUGCUGCUCCGACCACCAGCACCAUGCUGGGUCCAAAACGCGUCUCAGAACUCCUGAAGAAAAUGGGGAGCAGGAGGACAGAGCAGGAGGAGGACAAUCAGCGCAGACUGAUGCUGCAGCAGCUUGAGGAGGCUCUGCAGGAGAAACACAGGCAGAGGGGGCCGAUCCUGCAGAGGCCACCUCAAAGCCAGCAGCUCCUCUUUCAAGGUCCUCCUCAAAGCCAGCAGCUCCUCUUUCAAGGUCCUCCUCAAAGCCAGCAGCUCCUCUUUCAAGGUCCUCCUCAAAGCCAGCAGCUCCUCUUUCAAGGUCCUCCUCAAAGCCAGCAGCUCCUCUUUCAAGGUCCUCCUCAAAGCCAGCAGCUCCUCUUUCAAGGUCCUCCUCAAAGCCAGCAGCUCCUCUUUCAAGGUGCUCCUCAAAGCCAGCAGCUCCUCUUUCAAGGUGCUCCUAACAGGUUUCCUCAGGUGUUUCCUCAAAGUGUCCUCCUUCCUGCUGCUUCCAUCUACAUUGCUCCUGCUGGAGCGUCUCUUUCUGUACCUCCUAACCUUCUGCUGCCAAACUCCCAACCAACCUUCAUCCCUGCUGUUGGGACUAGUGCUGGUAUGGGCGGGGCUAAUGCAGGUGUGGACAGGAAUAGUGAGGGAGGGACUCCAGCACCUGCUGAUGGACUUCUUCCAGGUGACUCUGAGCAAGGAGGAAAGCUCCAGGAAUCCUGUCAGGAGGAGGAAGCAGUUCUGGAUUCUAAGCCUAAAUCAGUGACUACAGCAUGUUCUCCAGAAUCGGAUUUGAUAAAGGAACCGGAACCUGUUGGCUCAGUUCGUCCCUAUGCAGGAGUUAGCUCCUCCUUCUCACUCCUAUCUGCGGCUCCUUCUGAUCCUCGGGUUCCUGAAACAUCACUCUCACCUUCUUCCACUGAUCCGCUCACCUCCACAGAAACCACCGUUCAUCAGAGUGGAGGCAGAAAGAGGAGGCGGGUGGAGGUGGGCGGGGCAGGGACAGGUGUGAUCCAGGACGGGAAGAGACUUCGAAGGCUGACUCCGAAGAUCAGGGAAUCCAAGGAGGUCCAGGCAAAAGGGAAGAACAAGAGAAGCUCCGCCUCCUCGCCUAAGCAGAGCCGUGCUCGCAGGUCUCAUUCGAAGAACAGCGCCAUUUGUCCGGCUCCACCCCCGAAUAAGACCACAGGGAUUUAUUUACUUCCUAGUCAGUCCAUGUGGGUCAUGACCUCGACUGGGCCCGUCCCUUUGGUUCAGGCUCCACCCCCUGCCCUACAAGUGAGGGUACCAAACAAUGCACUGCUAGCUUCUCAGGCCCCGCCCACCCUGACAGCAGGAAGCUCACAGCUUGUUGGAUUAAAUCCAGCUGCUACAACAGUCCUUAAUGAGCCCCGACCCUCACCUAUUCUACCCACCUGUAAUUUUAGGCCCCUCCUCCCAACGAUUAUCCAAUCACAUGAUCUCAACCCUACCUCGUCACUCCUGCCUCCCCCUAAGAUUGUGCUGCCUUAUAAAGGUGUGGUCAAGGUGGACCCAAUGAAGCCUCCUCCCCUGCGGAGGGUCGGAGUGCACUUUGACUCCACCCUGUUGUUCCUGGAGCCCCCUGAGGCCGUGCAUGAUUGGCUGAGCGGGAAAGGAGGCGUGGCCAUACCUGGAGCGAGGUCUGCCCUUCCCUACUUGCCGCCAUGUGUCAGCACUCUGAGCACGCUCAGUGCACUUUUGCAGGCCCAGAAGUCUCUGACAAUGUCGUCUCUGCAGCUCUUGAACAUCACAGACAAACAUCGAUGCCCCCGAACCCCUCCUGACCCGACCCACUCUGCCUCAGACGAACCCGUCUCUGAACGCAGCACAGCUGAGGAGCAGCCAGACCAGCAGGAGGAGCAGGUGAAGAUUGUGCGUCAGCUGGUGGCGGAGCGUUUCUCCUCAAACCCCGCCUACCAGCUGCUAAAGGCCCGCUUCCUGUCAUGCUUUACUGUCCCUGCGCUACUGGCUACCAUCCACCCAAUCACCAAUAAGAAGCCACACUGUUCAACCAAUCAGGAGGAGGAGGACGAGGAUGAGGAGCUGGAGUUGGAGCUGAAAAAAAUCCAGGAGAGAGGAAGGAGGAGGAGAGCGGAGAGAUCUUUGCUGCUGUCUGGCGACUCUGCAGCUUCAGCCAAUCACUUCUCAGGGAUCUGCAUCAUCAGCAGGCCCAGUGCCAGUCCAGACCCGGUUCUUCCGAAGCAACUGCUGGAAACUGAGCAGGAUCAGAAUACUGCAGAUCAGAACCAGUCCACGCAAACUGAACCAAAUCAGACAGUCACAAACCAAAGCCAGCCUGUGGAAACUGGAUCAGAUCGGAGUCCUACAUUUCAGAACCAAUUCAUGGAACCUGGACCAGACCAGAUUGUUACAGAACAAUGAAACGGGUUCUUCUACUUGUGACUUUAUGUUUCAAAGCUGAAAAAAGGCUGAAAGUUCAAAUGUUUAAUGUUAUAAAGUAAGUGAACCCUUGUUGUUUCAGCUUCAGGUGAGUUUUCUGUGACUGAGAAGGAAAUCCCAGAACAUCUGGGAUGUAACUGGGAGACGUUGGAACGGGUUGGUGUGGAGCUGAGAUGCAUUCAGGGACACUGGGUUAAACUAAAUAUGCUGCAUUAAAACAUGUUUGAAGUUGCUGCUCAUGGUCAUAAAAUGUUUGAAGUUUUAUAAAAUUAUUUUCUAAUUAAAGUCUUUCUGUGAAAACUUCCAA